CCGACGUCGUAUGGGUAGACACAGCCUGUUUUAAACAACUAAACUCAUAUUAUGUAUUUUCACUCCUUUUUGUAACGCUUCAUUCCUGAAAAGACGCAAAAUUAUUUUGCAAACAUGGCUAUGCAAAGGAAAACUAACGUUCGUCUCCCUCCCGAAGUCAAUCGUAUAUUGUAUGUUAGAAAUCUUCCAUAUAAAAUAACGGCUGAAGAAAUGUACGAUAUAUUUGGAAAAUAUGGAGCUAUAAGGCAGAUUAGAGUAGGCAAUACACCAGAAACUAGAGGCACAGCAUUUGUUGUCUAUGAAGAUAUAUUUGAUGCAAAGAAUGCUUGUGAUCAUUUGUCUGGAUUCAAUGUUUGUAAUCGCUACCUGGUUGUAUUAUACUACCAGUCCAACAAGGCAUUUAAAAAGGUGGAUACAGAUAAGAAAGCAGAGGAAUUGGAGAAAGUCAAGAAAAAAUAUGGCAUUACCACUGAUGACUAACAAAAUAAAAUACUUUCGUUAAGACAUUUGUAUAUAGUUUUAAUAAAUGUGUGAAUUGUGUGAA